GUAGAUCUGUAGAUGACGUUGGCGUGAAUGUGACAUUGAAAGACGACUUUGGUUGCUACUGGCAGCCUACACUAGCUUCUUAACGAGAGGGCUAGGCCGCGGAGCUAUUUCAUCUCUCUUCCACGAUGCCUUUGAAACCGUGGAGUAAGUAGCUGAUUUCCUUGCGAUUAAGAAACAUUAGAGCAAGGUAAUCGUGGAGAAUACCGUGGAUACAAUAUCCUUUUCCUUAAACUACGAGAGUGCGCUUAUCUUCGCCAAUUUAACGCUCAAGUGUCAACAAUUAAGAGAAUGGUGUCGCACCUGACAAGUGCGGCCAACCUGUGUUGGGGCAGGCUUUCCGGUCCGUUGACCUUGGAAGCUUUCACCGACCGAAGACAAAGGCGACCAUCACAGUGGAUCUUGUUGAAGUGAUAGAGCGUGUUGAUUGACCAUGGCGACCUACUUGAUUGCUUCCAUCUCCAACAGCGGUGGCGCACCGGAACAGGCGUACCGGAAACUGCAGACAGCCGGAGCUUGUCCAGAUAGACCCUAUGCAGAAUUGUUCAAAUUGGAAGUCCCUUCCUUGACGGUCGGCACUCUGGAUACUUUGAUGACCCUGAGUGAUGAAUUGGUCCGAACCGAUGCCAUUGUGGAGGGAAUUGUCCGAAAGAUUGAAAAAACAGCCAUGGAAUUGUCGGACCGUAGCAAGGCCGAUUUGAGCGUGGGUGGGGUCCCGGCUCCACGCUACAUUCAACAGUUUGCCUGGGACUCGGCCAAGUACCCCAACCGUCGACCCCUCAAAGAUCUCGUCAGUCUCAUUACCAGUGGUGCCGUCGCCGUGGAAGCCGAACUCAAACAAUUGACGGCCAGUUAUGGUGACAAACAGAUUGCCCUUCAAGAAGUACAACGACGAAAGGGUGGUAACCUCAUGAGUGCCGACCUCAAUGAUGUCUUGAAUGAUGAUAUCAUGUCCCGCGUCGAUGUCCAUGACACGGAAUACCUCAAGACUGUCUUUGUCGCAAUCGCAAAGGGUGCCAAGGAAAACUUUGAAUCCAGCAUUUACAAGAUUGCCAAUGAUUUGGUCGGAUACGGUGGCCCCGACUGGAGUCGCGAUCCGACCAAAUUGGGAGAACCCGUCAGCUUUGGUGCCAAGGUCGAUCGUCACAAGGUCCGGGGAUCUCCCGUCGUACCAGGAUCCCUCAAGCAAGUCCAUGCCGAUCACGAUUCUCUCCUCUACGCCGUGACCAUUCUCCGAAGUCAGUACGAAGCGGGAUACUACGAGAAUGGAGAGUUCCAACAGGGAACCAAGGUCGAUCUGGUCGAAGAAUUCACCAAGGCGUGCCGUGACAAGCGUUACGUCGUCCGUGAAUUCACCUGGGACCCCACCAAAGCUUCCAAGAGCGAGAAUAUCUUGGAACAACUUCAAGUAGAAGUCGAUGGUAUGAAGAGCGCAUUGAUGCGUUGGUGCAAGACGCACUACGGAGAUGCCUAUGUGGCAUGGAUGCACAUCAAGGUCAUUCGAGUCUUUGUCGAAUCGGUCUUGAGGUAUGGACUACCCGUCGACUUUACUGCCGUCCUCUACAAAGUACAAGGUAACAAGGAGUUGGAGCUCACCAAAGCAUUGGAUAAGCAGUUGGGGAAUCCCAAGGAAGAGGAGGACGAAGAAAUGGAAGGAGAUGAAUACCACGAUUUUGUCUUGCUCAAGUUUGAUGCAUAGAUAUAUAUCGUCAUGUGGAACAAUGCCCUUGUCCUUCUUCGACCUAUAUAAUACCAAGGUGUACUUGAUGAUGACCAGCCAGAUCACAUACAUCCAAAGCACUAAACACAAUAAGCAACACCUGUUCUCUCCUGCGUUUGUCUGUUGCACAUGCAUUACUCCGGCGUAUUACAUGUACCAGUAGCGUGUUGCGUGGCUGAUACCAAGAGCUCGAAACUAGCUAGUUCGAAUACUGAAGUAGCUAGAGCUGGAGCACUUCGUUCGUGGCUCCUUCCCGCGAAAUCCGUUUGUUGAAGCAUUUCUUCGUUUACGGAAGGAGGUUGUGCGAAGCCGCGGCACCCUGUGCUCUACUAGCUAGUAGUGGAAGCGAGCAAGUCCGUCCCAAGAAUCACUCCAAAGUCAAGGGUUUGGUUGAGCUAUUAUUCAAUCUAAAAACGAAUGGAUACUGGAAC